AUGGGAAAGCGCAAGUCGUCUAAAAAGCCUAUGGGGCCCAAGAAGUCCGACCCCCUGCCUACAACUUUCGCAUGCCUUUUCUGCAACCACGAGAACUCGGUCUCUGUCAAGCUUGACAAGAAGGCUGGCGUUGGCCAGCUUGACUGCCGUAUCUGCGGACAAAAAUUCCAGUGUGCCGUCAACUACCUCUCCGCUGCAGUCGACGUCUACGGCGAGUGGGUUGAUGCAGCCGACUCGGUAGCCAAGGGGGAGAGCGCGGACGCCGGUUACACCGGAACCUCUCGCGGUGCAGGAUCUGGACGUGCCGCGGGCGGCCGGUCAGCGGUCGAUAACGAUGAAGACGAUAGACGGUCCUACGAGGGCGAGUAUGAUGAUUAUUGA